UGUCAAAUAUUUCAGGCUAUCAAGUUGGCGAUACGUUUGCAUGUCAUACUUGCACAAUGUUAAGUAUUCAACUGUAACGUGUGUGAACACUAUAAAGAUGUACUGUAGACAAAAACGUACAUCUGACGCUUGCUAGGGAAGUUGAGAGAGAAAUCCUCUCGUAGUUCCGGUGUCGUCCAGAAAUACUGCUCGCUUGUUUACAUUUUUACAGUAAACCGGCUCGGUACUGUAAGCCAAUUGCAGCCGCUUUUACCUUACCGUUUUCGGGCUGGAGUAAACUACCAUGGCGUCCUCGCGGGUCGCAUUACUGUGGCCGGUACUGUUGCCUUUUACGGCGACAGCGGCUUUACUGGUUCCCCAGCAGGUCGCCGUGGUGGAGGCGUACGCGGAGAAGUGGCUUAGCGGCGCUCUACUCCGCGGGAAGGUGGUGACCACCAGCCGAGGAGAGAGUGCAGACGGCCGCGGCGAGGAACCGGAGAGCAUGGAAGGAGAUUUAGUUCUGAUUCAGGACGUGGAGCCGCGAGUGAGCAGAGAUGACAUGGAGAAAGGAGAGCUUUGGAUCGGAGUGAUGCCCGUGGAGGACCACCAAGGGGCUUUUGGGAAGAAGCAGAAGUCUUUUACAGAGUCGGUGGUCAGCAAGAUGAAGCGAGCGUUGGUGCUCGGAGCGUCCGCACUCAUCAUCCUGGCUCUCAACCAAAACACAGUCAGAGAAGUAUGGGGAAAAAACACAUUUGCGCAGAUAAGAGAAAAAAAUAACAUGAGUGUUUGUGUUGUGGUUGAGAUGGAUCUGUCUCAGGUUCUGUCCAAGCCUGUUAUCAUCAUCCAAACGUCGGAGAACGUCACCAGGCUCAUCGGAGCGCUGCUCAAGGGCCUCCACGCAUCAGCAAAAAUUACGUUCUCAAAAGUCCUACAUGACAAUCUGGGCGCCACGCUGACACUGUGGUCGAGCUGUGGCCGCUCCAGAGGGGGGCGCUAUGGCGAGUGGCAGGGUGUCAUCUGCACGGGGGAGACAAAGUCACAAGUGCAGAAGAACCUACAGCAGCUGUGGGACACCAUCCUGUGGGUGGUGUUCAUUCUCAGCACGGGCGUCAUCCUGCAGGCACGCCGACUGAAUCGCGAGCGCCAGCUCCACGACAACAUGGAGUCCUUUCCUAAACAGGACGUCCUGAAGACUAUGUCCUCCCUCCAGACCAAAAUGUACCAAAUGCCCAAAGUGCGGCACGACGAGACUGACAACUGCGCCGUCUGUUUGGAGCCCUUCCACCAAAACCAGCGUCUUCGCGUUUUGCCCUGCCGACACGAGUACCACCAAGAGUGCGUUGACCCCUGGCUGCUGUUACGUCAUACCUGCCCGUUGUGCAAGCGCAGUAUCUUGGGUGGCAUUUGCAGGAGCAGUUAGCAGUAGAAAUAACCCUGAUUUUUGUGUUUUAAAGGACUCAGUGCUGCUCUCAAUGUUUAUGUAACAUUGGCGGCGAUAGACAUCUGAUCCAUUUGAACUGGGAGAGGCUAGCAGCAAACAGAUUGGACGUCUAUCGCUAUCAAUGGCAUUCAGUGAGGUAAAUUUAAAUGACCAAGUCAACUUUUGAAAGACCUUAAGACAGUGUUUGUCAUUAUAUGCUAUUUUUAAUCCAUAACCACAAAAACCUCAGCAUCAGUGGGUCCAAAAGGAUGUCAACACUGUCAAAUUAAUCUCAAAGCAGUAUGGAGACCUGAUUCAAGUAUUUAUUUUGAGUAAUGUGCUGUUACAAAGUGCUAACAGAUCAGGUUUGUGUACAAAAGUUGAUGAUUUGUAUUUUGGGAAGGCGCAAAAUGGAUGACAAGCUCAAUGCAAUAAACAUCCACUUCUUCCAGAUUUUGCUUGGAUGUCUUUUUUUAGUGCAAAAAUAAACAUCUCUCUACUGCUCUUCCACUUUGGUUUCCAAUUAAAUAAAUGACUUGUCCAAAAGAAGAGUGCGUCAGUCAUUACCAAAAAAACAGCAGUCCUCUUUCUUGGGUACGUCUCAUCACGAGGGGAUCAUACCUUUGCUCCUCUUGCGGUCGGCCAUGUUACGGCGGUUGUGAUUGGCCCCGCGGCCCUUGUUGGCUUCUUUCUUUCGUCUGUCUAGGAAUGUGUCCAGUGUCUGUCCCUGGCCUUUGGGACGGCCCACCACGUGGCUCUGGCGCUCCGGCUGGACGCUGAAGGGGAUCGGUCGCCGCUUAAUAAACUUUGUUGCUGCGAGUUCCUCCGCCGAUGGCUUACCCUCUCCUCUGCUGCAUGGCGGCUCGUCUGGCUGCGGCUCGCUCCCUAAGAAGUGCGGGGUCCUGAAUAAACUGGUCCUUGUUCAUGUUGCUCUGUAGGACACAACAAAGCUUGAGUUACAUGCAUAGGCGUUGGGUGGUAUUUGAAUUGUAUCAAUACUGAUGCUAUUCAUUGCUAUUUGUUUAUAUGACCAAAAUGAAUAGAAUCAAUCCGUAUGAAUUAAAUGCCUAUCAUUGGGAUAUAACCUCUAACAAUUUUGGAUGUGUGCUCGUCAUAAUUUCCAGCUAUUUUACAAGCAUUUUAUUUGUUACUGCAGUCCCAGUAAUAUGUAAGAAGAUGUAUUAUUUCUAUUUGACUCAAAUAGCAUUACUCUUGCAAAUGGAUAUUAGAAAGUUAUUGGUGAGACUC